AUGAAGCCCAUCAUCCUCCCCCUCCUCUUGGUCUUCAUAGGCCUGGCUGCUGCCUGGUCGAAAGAAGACUAUGAGAUCUUCCGUCUGCGGGAUGAGGUCGCCUCCGCCGAAGGGACCAAUACCACUUUCUACGAUUUCCUCGGAAUUCGCCCAAACGCAAACCACGAUCAAAUCACCAAAGCCCAUCGCCAGAAGUCCCGAACCCUCCACCCGGACAAGGUGAAGCGCUCCUUCAUCGCCGACUACGCCAAGGACAAGAGCAAGUCCAAAACUACCAAGCCAGGUGUCCAUGUCAACUCCAGUCCCUCCAAGCGAGAAAUCGAGACCGCCGUCAAGGACGCCAACGCCCGCGCCGCUCGCCUGAACACCGUCGCCAAUAUCCUACGUGGCCCAACCCGUGAACGCUACGAUCACUUCCUCAAGAAUGGUUUUCCCCUCUGGAAAGGAACAGGAUACUACUACACUCGCUUCCGACCGGGUCUUGGUACGGUGCUGACAGGUCUUUUCCUCGUGUUUGGCGGUGGCGCUCAUUACGGUGCCUUGAUUCUGAGCUGGAAGCGACAGCGUGAAUUUGUCGAUCGGUAUAUUCGUCAAGCCCGUCGUGCGGCAUGGGGUGAUGAAUUGGGUGUUCGUGGUAUCCCUGGUAUUGACUCUGCUGGUUCGUCGGCACCUGCGCCUUCUUCGGAGUCGGAGCCUACAGCUGUUUCGGUCAAUCGGCGCCAGAAGCGGAUGAUGGAUAAGGAGAAUCGCAAGGAGAAAAAGGGUGGUGGUAAAGCACCGGCACGUAGCUCGGGUACCUCCACUCCUACUGAGGGAGUUGUUUCAACUGGGGAACGCAAGAGGGUUGUCGCGGAGAAUGGCAAGGUCUUGAUCGUUGAAGCUACCGGCAAUGUCUUCUUAGAGGAAGAGACGGAAGAAGGUGAACGCAAGGAGUUCCUCUUGGAUGUGGAUGAGAUCCAGCGUCCUUCUAUUCGGGAUACCAUUGUCUGCAAACUUCCUAUCUGGUGCUUCCAGAAGACUGUUGGUCGUAUUAUUGGCACUUCAGCGUAUGAGGAGGAGGAGGAGGAGGCCUUUGAGGAGCUCGAGGAUCUUGUUGAAGAAGCUACCGAGUCCACAUCAAUCUCGAAGUCGAAUGGGCGCUCAGCCCGUCGCCGUGGUAAGAAGGCCCAGCGAUCAUAA